AUGGAUUUAAAUAAUAAAAUAAAUGUUAGAGAGCAAUCAUAUGAAAGAUCAGAUAAACUAUUAGAAAGAGAAAAGUAUCUCAUAUUUAAUAUACCUUUUAAUAGAUGGGUACUAUUUCCAUGUACAUUCUUAGUGCAAUGUUGUAUAGGUAUAUUUUUUAGUUGGUCAAUCUUUAAUAAACCAAUCGAUUCAUAUAUCUAUAAUGAUCCACUAAGAGGAAGAGCUCCAAUUACUUUUUAUUUAACAAUGAUUAUUAAUUCAGCUGGUUUGUUAUUGAGUGGACCAUGGAUCGAGAGAAACGGACCGAAAAACUGUAUAAUGAUUGGAGGAGCUUUAUUUGGUGCAGGUCAUUUGUUUGCUGCGAUCGGGGUCCAUACCAAACAGAUUGCAGUGGUAUACGUGGGAUAUGGAAUCUGUGUUGGUUUCGGUUUUGCACUGUGCUAUUUGCCACCGGUGUCUUCACUUCAGAAAUGGUUCCCCGAUUACAGAGGUCUGGCAUCUGGUUUCGCGGUCUGUGGAUUGAGUGCUGGAACUAUGUCAUUCUCCCAGGCCAUACUGCCAAUGACCAAACACAUCGGUCUAGUCUAUACUUUUGUUGUACUUGGUUGCACUUUCUUUGGCGCGCUGACUAUUCUCGCACUGUUCUUUAGAUUUCCACCACCCGGAUACAAACCGCCAACAAAAAAUAAUAAAGCCGCUGCUGAGGUUGUAGCCUCACCAGUUUCCGAUCCGGAGGAAGCUGUUAUACCAACUCCCCAAAACGAUAACAAUAAUAAUGACACAGAAAAAGAAACAACAGAGCCGAAAUUGGUUGAACCUGUUAUUGGAGAUUUGACAAUUAUCGAAUCACUAACGAGUUAUGAAUUCCGUUUGAUGUUUGUUAUGUUUUUGGCGAAUGGUAUUGCAAGUCAUAUCUUUAGUUCUCGACUUUCGAAUUUCGUGCAAGAUAUCUUUGGAAAGAGUGCAGAGACGGCGGCAACUGUGGUAACGAUUAAUGGUGCUUUCAAUCUGGUUGGUCGUUUGUCUUUUGGUAUAAUCUCUGAGAAAAUCGGUAGAAAACAAUCGUUCAUUUUCAUCUUGACAAUGAUGAUUCUAGUAUUUUUCACCAUAACCAGAAUUAUCACUGAGAAGAUCUUUUCGGGUUUCGUGGCUCUGGUGUGGACCUAUACUUUUGUGUACGGUGCCGGCUUUGGUACGAUCCCUGCAUUCCUAUCGGAUCAGUUCGGUAGCAAGAAUAUCAGUCCCUGUCACGGUGUCAUUCUCACCGGUUGGAACAUUUCCGGUGUUGUCGGUGGAUUCAUCUUCACAGCGAUCUACGAUUCUCUCAGAGCGAAAGGUUAUUCUGUCAGUGAUCCAAUUCUUUACAAUACCAAUUUCUAUUGGUUGGCAGCGGUUGUCAUUAAUAGCUGGAUUCGUAAAAGUAAGCCAUUCGAGCUGCUAUCGAAAGAACAAGAAAACGAGGAGUGGAAUAAUUUUCUGAUUGGAUCACCCACUUCCAAUAAUACAAAAAUAAUUACAAAGGUUAUAGAUUUAUUUAAAUAUAUUAAUGUAGUUUAUCAAUAUUAA